AGGGCUUACUCCUCCUGUGUCUGCAGUGAUACUGAUUUUAAACAGUGAGUUUGAGAGUCUGGGUUUCAUCCACACUGUGCGUAAGAAGUUCACCUUUCAAGUCCUAGGUUUCUCUUUCCUAGGGCCCAGAACCCAUCAGUCCCCUGCUGCACCCAGGUGGACAGGAGGCUCUGGCAUACCUGGGAGGGGAACAGCAGACAAAAGCCUCUGAGUCUGGGACUAACCACUGCUUCUGUUCUCAGCGGGAGCCCCAACACGGAGACCUGAGAAAAGAUGAGACUGGAUCUUCUGGGACGCUUUCCUCUCCUCCUGCUGCUGCUGGCUUUAUGGGGGCCAGUGCGUCCACUUUGUGCUUGGCGUCAAUUCCUCACCAGGGCCCAGUGGUUUGAAAUUCAGCAUGUAAGGUCAAGCCCUGUCAGCUGCAACACGGAAAUGAAUGGUGUCAAUAAUUAUACUCGGAACUGUAAGGUUCACAACACCUUUCUGCAUGACUCCUUCAAGAACGUGUCUAAUACCUGUCUUUUGUCCAACGUGACCUGCAAAAAUGGGAUGAAUAACUGCCACCAGAGUCCACAGCGUGUAAAUAUGACUGACUGCACACUUACUUCAGGGAAGUAUCCAAACUGCAAGUACAAAGAUACUCCCCUGUUCAAAUUCUACAUUAUUGCCUGUGAUCCCCCUCAGCAGGGCGACCCUCGCUAUCGGUGGGUUCCUGUACACUUAGAUAAGGUUAUUUGAAGUUUCCAUCACUUUCCCUGUCAUUCAGCACAGGUUUUCUUAUGAUCUCCUCUGCUAUUUCUUUUCCUUUGUUGAUUUCCAUGGUUCCCAUAGAAGAAAGGAGGAGGGUACUGGCGGGGGGGGGGG